AUGUUCUACAGGCAAAUCCAAGCCAUUUUACGCGUCAAAAAUCUGCGCUGCCGUAGUCAUAAUGAGAGCGUCAUACAUAUCGAAUACUGUAGACUCAAUGCGGUGCGUCGUGAUUUCAAGGACAUUUCGAUGAAAAUAAUUCUGAUGAAGAAGCCGAUAAGCAAAUCUUUGAUGACAAUACAAUUUCUCAAACACUCAAAUGGUUAUAAGCCCUUUAUGCCCGAUAUUAAGCUGGAUGCUUGCACUUAUUUGAAGAAACGUAAUAAUUUUAUAUUGAACACAUUGAUGGUGGUUUGGGAGCGGUCAUCGAAUAUGAAUCACACGUGUCCUUAUGAUCACGAUUUGAUAGUUGAGAAGCUACAUUUUUCUGAAGCCGACUUUCGUUUCAUACCCUUUCCAUAUGGUGAUUACGCAUUUUAUGUGAAAUUUGUUUUUGAUGAUGUAUUUGCUUUACAGCUUGAUUUUUUCUUAAGUAUUUUACAAGAUUAAG